AUGGCUGCCCUCGAUAUCAACAAAGUUCGCGCUUGCUUCCCAGCCCUGAAAUCAGGCUACAUCUACGCCGAUAAUGCAGGAGGAUCACAGACUGCUCAGGCAGUGAUUGAUCACAUCGUGGAUUAUCUAUCCAACACCAACAUGACGGCUCCGUCAGCGCUGCAGAGUUGUUCAACGCAGGCAUCCCUCGAUGAGAUUGCGUUUGGACCGAGUUCGACGAUGAUUGUUGAGAACAUCGCUAGAGCGCUCGACAAUGAUAUCCAACCUGGAGAUGAAUUCAUUGUCACCUAUGAACAUGAAGGUUUUUGCUGUGAUCUUCUUCCAAUAACGGUCCUUGGAAGCGUUUGGCUUCGCGGCGCAGGUGCCGUGGUCAAAUACUGGAAACCUACGCCAGUAUCUGCGAACAAUCCUUACUCAGUCACAUACAAAAUCGAAGAACUUUUGCCGCUGGUGUCUUCACGCACCAGGCUGGCCGCGAUCAGCGCGUGCUCUAAUGUUUUGGGAUCCUUGAUUCCUGUGGAAGAAGCAGUGAAGGCCCUUCGCCAGCGUGCGCAAGAGCUGGGAGCAAGAAAGGUCGAAGUAUCUUUGGAUUGUGUUGCAUACGCACCACAUAGACAAAUGGACGUACAAAAGUGGGAUAUUGAUUACUGCGUGUUUUCUUUGUACAAGGUGUACGGGGCUCACAAUGCUGUUGCUUAUGUGCGGUCGACGGCUCUGCGGACAUCUCUCACGUCGAUUGCACAUCAUUUCCUGGAGGUGGACAAUGAGCCCUAUAAGUUUCAACCAGGCGGUCCAGGCUACGAGCUGGUGUAUGGCGCGAGAGCAGUCGUACCAUAUCUGAAAUCAUUGACGCCAGAAGAUGAUCUUGCAGCAUCUUUCAAUGCAAUCGCAAACCAUGAGCAGGAACUUGUGGCGCCCUUGCUCCUCUUUUUGACGGACGCAAAACAAUUUGACAGGGGUGUUCGCAUUGUUGGGACAAGCGAGAUUGAUCUCUCAAGAGUUCCUACUGUCAGUUUUGUUGUCAUCGGACAGAACGCGAUCAAGAGCAAGGAUAUCGUAGGAGCAUUCGACAAAAAGGGAGGGAUCGGAAUUCGAUAUGGCCACUUUUACGCGUAUUCUCUUAUUAAUGAUCUACGCCCGGAGCUGGACGUGAAUGACGGGGUCGUCCGCAUCUCCCUUGUCCACUAUAACACCGUCGAGGAAGUGGAGAAGAUUGUAGAUGUUCUGCGAGAAGUUCUGGCUUGAGCGAUGAUGUAAAUCCGUGUGAACAUAGAUGUAACAUCCGAGAAUUUAUAUUCCUCAGAACGCUGCAGUCCAACUGUAGUCUGCAUGGUCUCGAGAAUUAUUACCUUCAGCCAAAAUGCCUAUUGAGUAUGCCUAGCAGCCAGAAA